AUGAGGGAAAUUAUUGUUACGUUAUUUACAGCAGCGGCAGCAUCAGCAGCAACUUCAGCAGCAUCAAAAGCAACUUCAGCAGCGGCAGCAUCAACUUCAGCAACAGCAACUGGAGCAAAAAGAGGGAAGUUCAAGAACAUUUUAUCACUUCCUUAUUUAUACUCCAAAAGUGUCGUUGUUCAGAUAACCAACCAAAAUGAAAUUAAUGAUGAUGACGAUGCCGAUGACGAUGAUGAGUUUGAUGGUUAUGAAAAUACUAGAGUUGAAACUAAUGGUGUUAAUGAGUAUGGGAUAAAUGAUGAAGAAAUUGAAAAUGCUCAUCAGGGCAGACAUUUUCUCGACGAUGAUGAUGCUAGUCAGAGUGAUGCUGACUACAACAGCGCAGGCACUGGAGCAUAUGCAAAAAAAUCUGAAUUGCGCGUCAUUGAAAACGAAAUAAUUAUCGAUAAAGAUCUGGCAAAGAAGAAAGCAGCGCCUGUUAAUGUUGAUAAUGCUGAAGAUAAUUGUACAUCAAACAUAGUGAAUUUUACCGACCUAUUCAUUACCAAUCAACUUCAAAUGUCUAGAACAGUUACUACUACUGCUUCAACAUCCAACUCAAAUUUUUCCAAUGUUAACGUUUUAAAACUCAACCACGAAGCUUCUAUCUCAAUCAAUUCACCUGCUCAAACUUCUAGCAGGCCUUCUAACAGUUGUACAACAUCGAUUUCUACAUCAUCAUUACGAUCGCCUUCAUUUUCUGGGACACAAACAGAAACUACACCGUCCACACUACAUUCUCUGAGAAAUGAAGCACUCACAUUGCUGGUGGCUCCUCUUCAGACUAUGAAAUCAUCACCAACUGCUCUCACCGAUGAAUUCUUUAAUUCACUCCAGACGACAAAUUCGCAGGAUGAUAAAAUCGAUAAAAACGUCAGAAUCGUUAACCAAUCAUCAUCAUUAUAUUCUUCUUCUUCAUCGUCGUCGUUAUCUCCUUCUAGAAGAAACUCAAAGACUGGUGCCUGUGAUAAUUCUGCUGGUUAUUCGUUUGCUGGGAUGAGGAUGGUUGGUGAAAUGGAGAGGAGAUCUCUUCCGCUGGACGAUAAAAGGAUCAGUCGUGAUGAAAAUAUUAAUGAUAUUUUUGGCGAUGAUAAUAAUAAUAAUAAUUUUUAUAAUAAUAAUGAUAAUAUUAAAAAUACUAAUACUAGCAAAAAUAAUAACGUUACAAAUGAGGAUGUGGAAAAGAGACGCAUUAAAUUCUCAGAUGGUCAGCAUUCUGAAAACGGUGAAAGCAGUAGAAAUGAUGUUGACCGCAAAAACAUCUCGUCAGAAUUUUGCAGAAAUUAUGAUGUUAAUAAUAGGCACGCUGAUGAAUGCCAAAGUUUAAUGAAUGAUGAUGAUGAGGAUGAUGGCUAUUGUUUGAGCUUAGCUGUUAAAUCGUAG